AUGUACACACUUUCGGCACGCUCUCAUGUUAAUAUCAUCUUUGUUAUUAUUAUUAUAACCCUAACUAUUAUCCAUGAAAUGAAGAAAAAUAAACAAAGUAAGCUAAAUUAG